AAAAUGAAAGGAAAUGGAACCCAAGAUUUUAGAGCCUCAUUUUCAUAUUCCUCUUAUCUACUUUUCCGUUCCUUCUGAAUUCUGACGAAGGAAGGAUUUGAACGAUUUCUUCUUCCUGCAACUCUGCAACGCAAGCCGAAGCAGGCGCUGUGAUGAUAGGCUUUGAGGUUGGCCAAUUAAUGUAGAUAGCAGCAAAUGGGGGAGUCAGGUGAAGACGAGGCUCUUUCUAGAACCAUAAACAAACAUCAAACGACCACUGCUACUGUCAACAAAAGAGGGGCUCCUCGAUCAGUUCCUAUCAAGGAUGUUUCUCCAUAUAACAAAAAGAAAACACAUUCAACUGUAAGUUUGGAAGAUGUCCAAAGUGGAUCCUGCUGUUUAGGUUGCACAUCCAGUGAAAGUUGCGGAAUGGUGCGCUCUAAAACAAAAUUAAUGAACAUUCUGAUAGAAAGAGGGAAACCUCAGGAAGCCCAGAAUGUUUUUGACAAUUUGAUCGCGGAUGGGCAUAGACCCUCCCUAGUAACAUAUACGACCCUUCUGUCUGCAUUGACUGUCCAGAAGCGCUUCAAGUUCAUACAGUCAGUUAUAUUGAUGGUGGAAGAAAAUGGAAUGGAACCAGACUCGAUAUUUUUUAAUGCUGUUAUCAAUGCUUUCUCUGAAGCUGGUAAUGUAGAAGAAGCCAUGAUAGCUUUUCAAAAAAUGAAGGCUAGUGGUCUAAGGCCCAGUACAAGCACUUUUAACACUCUGAUAAAAGGAUAUGGCAUUGCCGGUAAGCCUGAAGAAACUAUUGAACUGCUGGACUUGAUGUACAGAGAGGAAACUUUAAAACCCAAUCUGAGAACUUGUAAUGUACUUGUCAGAGCAUGGUGUAAGAAGAAGAAAAUCCCAGAGGCGUGGAAUGUGGUGGAAAAUAUGAUAGCCCUGGGAAUCAAACCAGAUGCUGUUACUUACAACACCAUCGCAACUGCUCAUGCCCAGAGUGGAGAAACAGAUCAGGCUGAAAAGAUGAUUCUACAGAUGCAAGAUAACGGCAUUCGACCUAAUCAGCGGACUUGCAGCAUCAUAGCUUGUGGAUAUUGCAAAGAAGGUAGACUAAAGGAGGCCAUGAGGUUUAUAUACAGGAUGAAGGAUCUUGGCGUUCGUCCUAAUCUGGUUCUUUUUAACUCACUGAUCAAGGGAUUUGUAGAGUCGAUGGACAGAGAUGGGGUUGACAAGGUUCUGACGUUGAUGGAAGAAUUUGGUGUUAAACCAGACGUGAUUACUUUUAGCACCAUCAUGAAUGCAUGGAGCACGGCUGGAUUCAUGGUGAAGUGCAGAGAAGUUUUUGAUGAGAUGGUGAAGGCCGGUAUCGAACCAGACACACAUGCAUACAGCAUUCUAGCCAAAGGGUACGUGCGUUCACAGGAACCAGAAAAGGCUGAAGAACUAUUAAAUACUAUGACCAGAUAUGGAAAACGUCCAAACGUAGUUAUUUUUACAACCAUCAUUAGCGGAUGGUGCAGUUCCGGCAGAAUGGAUAAUGCGAUAAAGAUCUUAAACAAGAUGUGUGAAUAUAGAGUUUCUCCUAAUUUGAAGACAUUUGAGACUAUAAUAUGGGGUUAUAGUGAGACAAAGCAGCCAUGGAAAGCAGAAGAAAUGCUCCAAAUAAUGCAGGAAUUUGAAGUUCAGCCUGAGAAAUCUACCAUCUUAUUAGUUGCAGAGGCCUGGCGCACCAUUGGAUUGACAAAAGAAGCAAACAGGAUUAAGAGUAUCAUGAAAUGCAUGGACACCACUGAUCAGAUGGAGGUGAAGGACGAUGAGAUGCGAACAGAGAACUCGAACAGGUUCUAUCAGAAGCAACAGCUUUCUGGUUCCUCUCAUACAAAUAUAUUGCAGAUACCAAGUGCUACCGCAGUCAAUCAAAAGGGAUCAACUGCUGGAACUAAAAGAAAUCGUGUCUCGAAGCGAGACGUGGAUUUUUGUUUGGAGAGUUCAUGGCUUGCUACAAAAUCUGUUUAUCAGUCUCGCACUUGCAAGUUUGGGGGAAGGUUGCCUAUCAUCUCUCGCAAGCAGUCGCAGUCGCAAGCGCAACUCGGUAUGUACAGUCAUUUCUCACAUUCAUGUACAGUCGCGACAUUGAUGUAAAGCGCUGACAUAGAUGAUCUACACUGUUUGUGUUUCUUCUCACUUCGAUUACUUCCAGAAGAAAAUUCUAUUGACAUGGAUUGUAGGAAGAGCUUCAUAGUUUUUGUACAUUCAAAUUUGUUACUGGACCUCACAAUGUCAAAGUAAAUACCGUUUCUCCUGUUUGUUUGGAA